CCUAUCUGUCAAAAGUCGAUAACCACCGCGACCUCCUAUACCGGCGCGAACACUAAAAAAUGGAGAAGCACUGAGAAAAUAAAACAUAGCGCAGUGAACUAGCUGUUAAUUUUUAAAAUAAGUGAUAUGUAAAUACAAACGUCAACGGUUACAAGUGUAAAUAUUAGUUCGUAGCCGAGUUCUGUGAUACAUCAAGUAAUGGCAGAUGAUACCGCCGAACAGGAGUUGAAAAAAAACCUCUUGAUAGUGCAGUCUAUGAUCGAUGUGUCCGCGGACAGAUUAGUGGGGCUCCGCACGCAAUGUGCCACCAGCGCGGAGCUAACGCAGCAAGAAAUAAGAACCUUGGAGGGCAAGCUGCUGAAGCUAUUCUCCGACCAGAUAGUAACGAAAUCGAAGCUAAAAAAUGGAUCAGAUCCGCACAUGCCGUCUUUGACGCAAUGGCUGCAAGUGGUGGGACUGAGCAAGGACUCGAUCCAGGGCAUCUGCCGAAAGAUCUCUUCGGUAGAGGAACUGCAAGAGAAGUCCGAGCACGAUCUCAAAACUAUAUUGAACCAGCAGCGCGCCAAACCCGAAGAACUAAGUCGGCUGUGCCGCGCUCUGCAUAACCUUAAAAGAUACACCGACGUUUUGCGCAAGGGGGGCAACGAACCGACGGAGAUGAACCUGUUCUGGGACUCGUGGGACCGCAGCCACCCGCUGCGGUCGGGGCUUUCGCCGCGCACGGGCCGCUCCCGGGCCGACCGCGCCUCCGUGCCCGGCGAGGAGAGCCUGCUCUGCAACAACAACAACCACCACCACCACCCUCAUCCCCACCAGCAGCAGCACCAUCACCAGGUUCACCACGGUCACCACUCGGGCAGCGGAGGUGCGUCGAUACCGCCGUCUACGUCCGUGUCGAGCAUCAACUCGUUGAAUGUUCAGUGUAGCACGCUGCUUGGCCAGCCGCAGGCCCCCCCAGGCCCCCCUCUCACGCCGCCCGGUUAUACCAAGGGGAAAGGUAUGAAGUUUCCUACAACUCCCCCAGCAAAAAAGAAACAUCUGACUGGAAAUCUUCUUACCGAUAUGUAUCCCCUUACUAAAAGUAAAUCGCAUGAAUCCGAGUUGGCCGCAUCGAAAGAAAAUGGCGAGAUUUCAACGAACGGUACUGGUAGAAGAGGCAGGUUGCCAACUGAACCUGGCCCUGAAACUCAAGCUGGUUAUGGAAGUCCUAUUCUAACUAGUCCCAUAAAGUCCCCACCGUACAGCAACAGCGGAGGGACUGAUAGCGACGAUAACAGCACCAAAUCCAUCACCUUGCCUGUACCGAAGUCCCCGCGCACGCCAGCGCCCCCUGUGAUGACUCACCACAUCAACCACCGCUUCAACAAGAGGUUCGAGGUGAAAAACAAGUGCGCGUUUUGCCUGAAACCGAUCUAUUUCAUGACGAGUCUCAAGUGUAUCGAGUGCAAGUACACUUGUCACCGGCAGUGCGAGGAGCAAGUGCCAGCUUCGUGCGGACUGCCUCCAGAGUACCUCAUCGCUUUUAAGAACCAGAUGACCGAUGGUGUAAUUUCACCACCAAGACCUCAAAAAAGCUUCCGAAAACCCUCGCAUCCGCAGCCUUCAAUUAAUCUACCUCCAUUUCAAUAUAAUCCGGAUUCAAGCUCAAACACAUCUAGUUGCAACAGUUCGACGCCAUCAAGUCCCGCGUUACAAACUUUAACGACGCCGCACUCGUACCACAAGCAAUCUUUUCAUUUUCCUGAUGUUCCCAAAAUAAACGAAGAUAAUGGAGAUCUGUCGUCGGUCAGCUUGGAGCUGACGAGUUCUCGACAGCAACCGCCAUUGGUCGUGAUCGACACCGCUCGUACGGCCUCGCUGUCGAGCAAAAACAGCAACAGCACGGAUUCGGAUCGAACGCCCGUUCGGGUCGACUCUCAGGACUCUCAAGUGUCGGACACGGACACCAUAACAGACGAGCAUCGGUGGCCCAGACAAAACAGCUUAUCUAUGAGGGAAUGGGACAUACCGUUCCACGAAGUGCAGCUGGGCAGCGAACUCGGUACGGGUAGAUUUGGCACCGUCUAUCAAGGCAAAUGGCACGGCGAUGUUGCCGUUAAGAUCCUAAACGUCAACUAUUUAAAGGACGAGAAAACGCUGGAGCAAUUCAAGAUGGAGGUUGCUACUUUUCGGAAGACGCGUCACGAAAAUCUGAUACUUUUCAUGGGUGCCUGCAUGAAGCCGCCGCAGUUAGCGAUCGUGACCAGUUUGAGCAAAGGCAACACGCUUUACACGCAUAUACAUUUAAGAAAAGACAAGUUCAACAUGAACAAGACGACGAUAGUUGCGCAGCAAAUUUCACAAGGUAUGGGCUACCUUCAUGCAAAAGGAAUUGUGCACAAGGACUUGAAAAGCAAAAAUAUUUUCCUGGAAAACGGAAAAGUUGUGAUAACCGAUUUUGGGCUUUUCAGCGUGACGAAGUUGUGUUUUGGUAAUCGAAAAUCUGAUAGUUUAAAUAUACCUCCCGGAUGGCUGUGUUAUUUAGCUCCAGAAAUAAUGAGAAGUCUACAUGCUCAUCAGGCUCAUGACGAGGAAUUACCCUUUAGCACUGCGUCGGACGUCUAUGCUUUUGGCACUGUAUGGUACGAAUUGCUGUGUGGAGAAUGGCCUUUUAAAGGUCAGCCGCCAGAGGCCGUUAUUUGGCAGGUUGGGAAGGGUAUGAAGCAACCUCUUGCCAAUCUACAAGCAUCCAGAGACGUCAAGCAAAACGAUAGCGAUGAUAUGAGAUUGGACAUCUUGUUGGCAUGCUGGAAACUCGAUCCUAAAGACAGGAAAGAUUUCGUCGAUCUGCAAACAAUUUUGGAAAAAUUUCCGAAAAAACGAUUGGCUAGAAGCCCGUCGCAUCCAAUACACCUAUCCAGAUCUGCCGAGUCUGUAUUUUAAAAACCUUCAGUCCUUUGUGACUUGUUUGCCAUCAAGGACAUUCUGAUGCUUUGCUGGUCGUUCCGUCCGGAGCACAGACUGGAAUUCGGCACCUUGUUCAACAUUUUCAAUAAAUUGCCGAAGCGGAGGUUGGCACGCAGCCCAUCGCACCCGGUGCACCUGUCCAGGUCAGCCGAGUCCGUCUUUUGAAACAUAAACCCCAUUCUAACCUUAAGGAUUGUUACGUUUAUAAUAAUGGAGCUGCAACGAAUAUUCUUCUUAAGUCCAUCUUCGGCCAUGGAGAUGGAAAUUCGAUUUUACAAACAAGCAAAAAUGACUGCUUAACAAUGAAUUAUAGAAAUAUGUUUCAAAAUACUAUUUACUUAGAAUUAAAAAUGUUAAUGAAGCAUAAUAUAUUCAAAGUAACGAUUGGCUGAAUAGUAAGGCCGAAUAUUCGGUGCCGCAAUAUUUAUGAACAACAUGCUAUAUUAUUAUUAUAAAUUAAACUAAACUUAAUUUACGUAAUAUUAUUACACCCUUUAUAAACUUGUACGCUUGUCAAUCAGAGGGCGGAAGCUCCCUGAUUACUCCAACUUUAUGGUAGGAAUUAUUUUUUUAUGUUUUAAUCCCAGCAAACAAAAUUUGGGCUGGAAUUGGCCAAAAAUUAAACAAACAUUAAAAUUUUUGUGCAAAUAGUAGGUAAUUUUAUUGAGCAACAUAACCUUCCAAUAGUUGUCCAAUUUGUUUAAAUCUUGACCAAUUACAUUGGUAGAAUUUUAUAGAUCUUCAGAUUAACUCUUUUCUUGGAUAUUUUCACUUAUAAAUAGAAAUUUAGACAACAAACUUGUAUUGGGUCAAUUAAAUUGGCUCAGAAAUUGGCCCAACCACUUGUUUGCUGGGAUUAUUUACCUAAAAUGUUAAGGUUUAUUAAGGUUAAGUAAAAUAUUUUCCUUUUUAACAGUAAGUACUGUUAAAAGAGAACGUAUUUUUACACUUGAGUUUAUUUUUAUUUUUUUGACUAUAGGUUUGUAUUUUAUAUAAAAAAAUGUCAAAUUGACCAUUUGUUGUCUCUUAAUUUGCAUGUGCAAUAUUUGUAAAACCUUCACAAAGACUUAUUUACAUUAUAAUUAAAACAAUUUUUUUAUUUAAAUAAGUCAAAAUACUUAUCAUGACGUUGGAAAAUGGUUAUUUAAAAGUGCUUUCAUAUGUAAGAUAGGCUAUUUCUAAAAUACAAAAAAACACUGGUGGCAAAUUGUUAUCACCCAUGCCUCAAAAUGUUUUUUUUCUUUAAUCAGGGGACUCAUAUAUUUACAAAUAAACUUACAACCAUAAGUGUAUUGGUGUAAAAUGAUGUUUAAUGUUACAAAUAAGGCCUAAACUAUCCCCAUAUGCACUUACACAGGGUGAAACAAUUUUUUACCAAUUCAAAAAUCGACUUAGGAAUUUUAGGUUUUCGUUUAAGUUAAAUUUUGAAGAAUUAAAAGCCAGUGUUCAAAUUAAAUGUUGUUGAGUGUGAAUGGUGACAUUAAACAAAAUACGCGAGACAGCAGCGCGUAUAGCGGACAAAUUUGGCACUGUUUUAUACAAAAAUUAAUUAAAAUGUGUUUAUUCGGGAUUUCAAGUUAUAAAUUAUAACUUAUUAUUAUUAAACAAAUUUGCAAGUUGACAGUACUUUUAAUGUCACCUUUACACUUGACAACGCUACUUUUUAUAUAGAUUGAAUCACCCUAUAAGUAGUGAAUAAUGCCUGCCUUACCGAGACUAUCUGGUUCAAUUUUGCCAUUUUAUUAUUAAAACAUUACUUUAAAUGUUAUGAUAAUAAAAGCGACUAAAUUUUGGAAGUUUGGUACAUAUCUAUAUUUUAAAUAUUUACGUAUAAGGCAAUGUACCAAAAAAAAUUUCCAGUAUUCAAUUUUUACUGUGAUCUAUAAUUUUAAGACUGCCCUGUAUAAAAAAGUUAAUCAUAAAAUGCAAAAACAUACAAAAAAUCAAAGUUGCUGGGAAUUUUGACCCCUGACCUUGACUUUUCAUUUAAGAAUGUAGUUUCACUUAUUACAAGCAUGUUCAAUAUCGCUAAAAAAAAAUUCCUCAGGGUGGUCUUGAUUUAAACCUAGCUAACAUAUUUAUUUUGAUUUGUGAACAAGAAUGAACUAUGUACAUAUUUAUUGAAGUUUCUUGUUUCAAUGUUGGUGAUAAAACAUUGUUAUCUGUUUAGGGUAGAAUAAUAAAUAUAAACCAAUUGAAAUUGUAAGUUUUGACGAUAAUAAUUCCUUUGCACUCUGUAUAUUUUUAAUUAAAAUUGUAAAGGGCUCAAAAUUUGGAACACAGGACACUGUCAUGAGAACAGUCAAGUGUGCUGGCUGCCUAUAUAUAAUUUCGUGCUCUAAAAUGUUAAAUAUGUUUUGUUAAUAAUUGUUUCUUUUUUGCCAAUUACUACUUGUAUAUAUGUGAUGUAAAUAUUAAUUAUCUUUUUGGACCUCAAAGUUUGAGCUUUGAUAUCCGUUGUAUAUAUGUUUAAAAAGCAUUCCUUCACAUGUUUUAAUCACUCUAGUCAAUUUUUAUGAUAUAUUUUGUCGAUUUGGACUACAAAUAUUUUAUACUUUUUGUGAAAAACAAAAUUUAUUUGUAGUUCAAAUUUUGCCACAAGUACAGUUAGUGGUGGUUGCCGUUCAUUUGUUUUUAACUUCACAGCGGUGUUGUCAAAAAUGUUGAAAAAAAAAUGUUUUGCGAUGUUGUCAGAUCGCCACCACACGAUACAGUCAAUGUACAUUGAUAAGGGACUAUGGUAAUAAAAUAACAUACACGAGAA